ACUAAGUACCUCAAAUGGCUUCCGGUAGUCUCUUCCUCGGUGCAAUACUCUUGUUCUCUUUUUCCACAAUGGCGUUUUCCGACUCCCUAUCUCCAUACUUCUAUCACAAAGUUUGUCCUCAAGCUCUGCCAACCAUUCGACACAUCGUCUUCGAUGCUGUCAGACAAGAGCGCCGCAUGGGUGCCUCUUUACUACGCCUGCAUUUUCAUGAUUGUUUUGUUAACGGUUGCGACGCUUCGAUUCUAUUGGAUUCUACUUCCAACAUUGACAGCGAAAAGAAUGCUCUACCUAAUGCCAAUUCUGCGCGAGGGUUUGAAGUCAUUGAUCGAAUCAAAUCAGCAGUGGAUCAAGCAUGUAAACGUCCCGUAGUCUCUUGUGCUGAUAUUUUGGCCGUUGCUGCUCGUGAUUCUGUUGUUGCGUUAGGGGGUCCAUCAUGGGAAGUGCAACUAGGGAGAAGAGAUUCCACCACGGCCAGCAAAACUGCAGCCAACAAUGACAUUCCUUCACCAUUCAUGGACUUGCCUGCUCUCAUAAACUCUUUCUCAAAGCAAGGCCUCAAUGUUAAAGAUCUAGUGGCACUUUCCGGCGGCCAUACACUAGGGUUUGCCCAAUGCCGAACCUUCAGAAAUCGCAUUUAUAAUGAGACCAACAUCGAUAAAGGCUUCGCAGCACAACGCCAAGCUACAUGUCCACGCGUUGGGGGCGAUUCUAAUCUUGCUCCACUUGACCCAACUCCUGCGUAUUUUGACACCAAAUAUUUCAGUAACUUGGUGAGGAAGAAAGGGCUUUUGCACUCGGAUCAGGCAUUGUUCAAUGGUGGUCAGACCGAUAGUCUUGUCAAGACUUACAGUGGAAACAUUCGCGUUUUUGCGAAAGAUUUUGCGAAGUCUAUGGUUAAGAUGGGUAAUAUUAAGCCUUUGACUGGGAAAAAUGGCCAAAUUCGAGUGAAUUGUAGGAAGGUGAACUAAAUUGAAGUACGUAUGGUUGAGUGUGGAAAUUAAAGUUUUUUUUUUUUUUUGAAAACGGAAAUUAAAGUUGAUUUAUCUUCAACGGCUAAAAGGAGCCCUGGGAUCGGAUAACGUUAAGUUUGUGUAAUUGUGUGAAAUGCAUUCCUUUUGUCUUUUAUUACGUUUAACUGUAUUAUGUUUGUUAUUGAGAAAUCAUUUUUAUUUAUUUGA